CGUUAGUAGCGAUUCGAACGUUCAGAACAUUCGAUCGGAGCGCGCGCGCGUGUGUUGCUUGCGUGUGAUUCCGUUUGGACGUGAGGCACGUCCGUCCGUGUUGUUUCCAUCGUGCCACAACGCUCGCGGCGGGUUGGUUUUUCUCCCGGUGGUGGGUGGUGCAUUUUCCCCUGACCGGUUUUAGACUUCGGGCUCGGAGCAGGGCGCUCUGAGCUCAUCACACGACAGACAGUUCGGUAAUUGAACUUGAAUUAUUGUCCUCGUUUUGUCUACACAACAAAACAAAAUCACAUUCUCACGUGUUGUUGAUCCUUCGCGGCUCGUUUUAGAAGGAUUCUUUUCCAGCAGCGUGGUCUGGUGGAUAGUUUUGUUCGUCUGUACAUGUGUACCUGUAGCUGCCGGUGUCGGUUGGUACAUUGAUUCGAAAAUCGUGAUCGCGAGUGGAAAGUUUGUGCGUAGCCGAAACGGGGAGCCAUGUUGCGGGCCGCGGACCCCACGCUCCCGGGGGGUCUGGAAACUAAGGACACCGUCCACCGGAGGCGCCGAUGUUCCGUACGCUCGGUGACAUUUUGCGUGACACUUUUCCUCACUUGUAUGCUCCAGCUUGUACAACCAUCAACGGCAGUGGUCUGUAACCAGACGGUAUGUGACUGCAAAGGAUUGAGGGGUGCUCCGGGGCAGAUUGGACCACACGGUGUACCUGGCCAGAGCGGUGAUCCAGGAGAUAUUGGCUUCGACGGUCCACAGGGACCGCGCGGUGAACCAGGAAAUCGCGGCGAGAUUGGUACGAGCGGCCCGAAAGGUUACCGAGGUGAUACCGGAGAACGAGGACCGCUUGGUGUGCCUGGAUAUGCAGGUCUUCCCGGUGAGCCCGGUUUCCGUGGCCCAUACGGUAUCGAUGGUUGCAACGGAACAGACGGUGCUAUGGGAUCCCCCGGUUACCCAGGAAUUCCAGGUGAACGUGGACCACAAGGUCCACCUGGUAUGAUUGGAUAUCGGGGUGAUUCUGGUGAAGGUGGCAUAAACUCCAAGGGUACCAAAGGCGAUAUCGGUGUUGCUGGUAUUCCCGGUGUCGUGGGACAGCGCGGCUGGCCGGGUGGUCGAGGUCCUGAUGGAGUUGACGGAGUGACCGGCAUGCCGGGCGACGAUGGACUGCCGGGAUUGAGAGGCGAACGUGGCGAACAGAGCGAAGAUUUCUGUCCUGGAGAGCCGGGUGAUCCUGGAGAGCCUUACCAUUACUGGGGUGGCAAAAACGAAACGGUCAGCAUAGGCAUGAAGGGUCCGAAGGGUGAUCGUGGAUACGACGGAAUGCCGGGUUUGCAUGGGAUGAAGGGUGACUCGGGCAUGCAGGGCGAACGCGGACAAAAAGGUUUCAAGGGUGAGGAAGGUAAAUUCGGUGACCGUGGCAAACAGGGUAAGGAGGGCCCACCAGGUGCCGCGGGCGAGAAGGGAGAGAAAGGUGCUCCUGGAUAUGCUGGACUGGAUGGUACCGCAGGCGAUAAAGGACCAUCGGGAGACGAUGGACGGCCGGGGCUGCCGGGAGUGCAGGGACCCCCAGGACCGAAAGGAGAAUAUCGACCCGAGCUAGCUCCAAUCGUAAUUGGUCCGCAAGGACCACAGGGAGACAUAGGACCACCUGGCCGACCCGGCAACGUUGGUAUUCCCGGAAACAAGGGUCUUCGAGGGCCGAUGGGUCCACCUGGUCAGCCUGGAGAUCCGGGUCUGAAUGGACGAGCUGGUCCGAAAGGUAUCUCACCUCCCGGGCAACGCGGUGACGAUGGUGAAGGAGGACAACCGGGACCUAUAGGUACCCGUGGUACUCCGGGACAGGCGGGAUCGAAGGGUCAGGUUGGUUUCCCAGGCCGAAGCCUGCUGGGAGCCAAAGGUGAGCCGGGUACAAAUGGAUUAAACGGAGACUUUGGCGAGAAAGGUGAUCAGGGCGAUGAUGGUGAAUCAGGUGACAAGGGUUUGCCGGGCAUUGGAGUCAACAUCACCGGACCACCGGGACCAGCCGGUUUACCUGGACGGGAUGGACCACCCGGCGAUUUGGGCUUCAACGGAUAUACUGGUCAGAAAGGUGAUAAAGGUUUCCGUGGAGAAGACUGUGGCACUUGUCCUCCCGGUCCGAAAGGUGUAAAGGGCGAGGAUGGUGACAUCGGACGCCCGGGACUCGACGGAUAUGAUGGUAAUCGCGGUCUAACUGGACCACGAGGCUACCAGGGUAUAGCCGGAAAGCAAGGGUUGAAGGGUGUGAUGGGCCGAAAAGGCGAACGUGGUGACUUUGGCGAACGUGGUGUUCCGGGUGAACCGGGACGUCCUGGUGUCAUUCGACGGGCGAAAGAUUUUGUUGACUUAACGCCCGAAUUGGGAGAACGAGGCGAUAGAGGACAACGGGGUGACCAGGGUUUGCCAGGAGAUUUGGGUGACUUCGGUGCAGUUGGAUACCCUGGACGACCCGGUGAACCGGGAGAAUACGGUGACGAUGGUGAAUCUGGACGACCAGGAAACGAUGGGUUACCAGGUAUUGAUGGUCGAAAUGGAGCUCCGGGUCGAGAUGCCUAUGUGAACGAGUACAACGUCUGGUCCAUUCGCGGAACGCCCGGUAUACCGGGAGACAAAGGUGCCAAAGGAGAGAGUGGUGACCAGGGUGAUCGUGGUGAACCGGGUGCAAUGUCUGAGAUGAUCUACGAUAUCGAGGGUCCCAAGGGUGAAAAGGGCGUAAUGGGAGACCUCGGACCAAAGGGUGAAAAGGGUUACAAAGGUGAAGUGGGUCUGCAUGGAUUGCGUGGUUUAGACGGGCCAGCUGGUUUGCCUGGUCUCAGCAUUCAGGGGCCGGAAGGUUACAAGGGCUACUACGGUGUGAUUGGUGACCAUGGACCAGCCGGCAUCCCUGGUGAGGAUGGACUCCCUGGACCAGAUGGCAUUCCUGGACUACAAGGAUUGCGUGGUCAACGCGGCGACCCAGGUCGUCCAAUACUGAUGGGAGAAAAGGGCGUGGAAGGCGAGGGUGGCUUCUUUGGCGAGAUCGGUGACAAGGGAUUCAAGGGACCGGAAGGUAAUCGCGGAACAAUGGGUGAAUCUGGUACGAAGGGCGAGCGAGGCGAACCGGGACCAUUCGGUAAAUCUGGUCUGCGUGGAAACAAGGGUCAGAUGGGAGACAUCAUCUACGGGGACCGUGGAUUGCCGGGAUUGCCAGGGCGCAACGGUUUGCAGGCACCGUUCGGCGACAAAGGUGAACGUGGAGAGCCGGGUAUGGAAGGAUUCCCCGGACCGAAGGGUGAGAGAGGCGAAAUCGGACGCGACGGAUUGCCCGGACUUCCUGGAGAUGAUGGACUUUCGGGCGAACGAGGUCUGCAAGGACGCAUGGGCGACAUGGGCGAAGAAGGUUACCAAGGAGAACGUGGCUUUACUGGCGACCAAGGUCAUCCUGGUCUGACCGGAACGCGUGGAUUACAAGGAUUACGGGGACUGAAAGGAUUUUCAGGUGAUCCCGGUGAUAUGGGAUUCCCUGGACGGAAUGGAGCGCCUGGACGUAAAGGAGAACGUGGCGAUUUUGGUGACAUGGGACCGCGUGGUAGGAAAGGCGGUGCGUCGUUCAGCGGUAUGAAGGGAGAAAUGGGCGAGGCAGGAAUGAUGGGCCCGCCUGGAUACAACGCGCGUCCUGGAAUGAUGGGAAGAAAGGGUGAAGAGGGAGACGCCGGACAGGUCAUCGAUGGAUAUCAGGGAGUGAAGGGACAGAAGGGUGCACCAGGUUUCCCUGGCAUUCCAGGUCGUCCAGGAGCGAAGGGUGAGCGAGGCGAUGUUGGAGUGUUUGGACCAAAAGGAAUCUCCGGAGAUAAAGGACGCGAUGGAUAUCCCGGAAUUGCCGGUCGUCCAGGACGUCCGGGGCCACGUGGACCGCUCGGCCCACGAGGUGAGCAAGGCUCAAGAGGUGAAACUGGAGAACCGGGCGAAGAUGGCUUAACUGGUUUCGUUGGUGAGAAGGGUAUGCGCGGUGACGUCGGUAUGAUUGGACCUUCUGGAUUGCCUGGAAUUGAUGGUGAUCCAGGUUUACCCGGAAUUCCCGGUAAUGUUAUGAUGCGAUCAGCACAACAAGGUGACCAAGGCGACCCGGCACCGGAGGGACUGGAAGGUGAUCAAGGACCUCCUGGACUCAAAGGACAACGAGGCUACACGGGCCGUAAAGGUGAACAGGGAUUGCCUGGAUUCGUCGGUAUGGUCGGCAUCGAAGGACACGACGGACCGAAAGGACAGCGUGGAGAUCCUGGUAUGAAGGGUCUCCCGGGCGAGCUACAGACCCGAACCGAACGCGGCGACCAAGGAGAGGCUGGGUAUGAUGGACUCACGGGACGGCCAGGCAUUCCCGGCAACAAAGGAGCACCAGGCGAUUAUGGUGACAACGGGCUGAUGGGUCUACAAGGUCUCCCAGGCUUCGUAAACGGUGCACUGAAGGGCAAGAAGGGUGAGAUUGGUUUUGAAGGUGCCCCGGGACAGGAUGGUCUGCCUGGACUGCCUGGUUUGGAUGGUGUGAUGGGUUCCCCUGGCCCACGAGGACUGGCUGGAAGCAUCGGUCCGAUUAUGCCCGGUUUCCGGGGUGAUAUUGGUGAUGAUGGUUUACCAGGCUUGGAAGGAAUGCCCGGCCCACCAGGAUUCCCAGGCGAUCGAGGAUUACAGGGAUUUCCUGGUUUGAAUGGACUCCCCGGACCUAAGGGCCAACAGGGAGAGGAAGGCGUUGAAGGCUACCAUGGUUUGGUUGGGUUGAAAGGCAUGAAAGGAGAGGUAGGUGAUCUACCGCCACUCUCGAACUGGCGACCAACGCAACCCGGCGAUCGAGGAACUCCUGGUGCACGCGGAGAACCCGGCGACGAAGGAGACAUGGGGCCGUCAGGCUAUCCGGGAAUGCGUGGACCAAAGGGUAUGCAAGGCUUACAAGGAGAGCAAGGCAUUGCAGGAGAGGUUGGUUUCAAGGGCGAACGUGGUAUUGCCGGUCCACCGGGCCGUAAUGGUAUCGAAGGGCUUCCUGGUUUGCCGGGAUUGCCAGGCGAACAGGCCGCGCCUCCUCCACCGCCAAAGAACUUGGGUUACAUUUUCGCACGACACUCGCAGAAGGUGACCAUCCCCGAGUGUCCCAUCAACACGUACAAACUGUGGGAUGGCUACUCGUUAGUGAAUGUCAUCGCUAGCAGUCGCUCCUCCGGACAGGAUCUGGGUACAGCCGGUUCGUGUCUGCGGCGAUUCAGCACCAUGCCGUUUAUGUUCUGUGAUAUUAACAACGUUUGUAACUACGCCUCGAACAAUGAUGAUACGAUAUGGUUGGCCACACCCGAGCCGAUGCCAAUGUCGAUGGCGCCGAUACCGGCAGAUCAGGUCGAGCGAUAUAUUUCGCGUUGCACGGUUUGUGAGUCCAAUACACGAGUGAUGGCUCUGCACAGUCAAUCGAUGAGCAUUCCGGACUGUCCAGAAGGUUGGGAAGAGUUGUGGCUUGGAUACAGUUAUGCAAUGCAUACAUCGGAUAAUUCCGGAGGAUUCGGCCAGGACUUUGUAUCGCCUGGAUCAUGCAUGGAAGAGUUCCGACCACAACCGGUCAUCGAAUGCCAUGGACAUGGUACGUGCAACUUCUACGAUGGUAUUUCCUCCUUCUGGUUAACGAUCAUCGACGACGCCAUGCAGUUCAACAGGCCUCAGCAGAUGACAUUAAAAGCACAUCAAACCAGCAAAGUCAGUCGAUGCAUCGUUUGCCGUCGAAAGGCCGGCAUCAUGCGUGCACUGCACGGGGGCAGUUCGAUAACCGCAUCGGCCCUUCGCAGACCGCAGACAGCCACGGUGUCGCGUCCUCAAUAUCCGCUACCUCCAUCUCAACCAGUGUCCCCGCGGAGACGAGUGUCAGCGGGCAGACAGCGUAACCGCAACCGCAACCAGGGCUAGUGAGUGAAGCUAGCGAGUAGUAGGAAACGUUUAAUCGCUUUCCGGAUGUGCAAGCGAGUGUAUGUGCCAUUAUCGUUCGCUGAAAUUGCAACAGGGUCAGACUUUCAUUAAUAAUUUUUCUUCAUUUUUGUUACAUUCGAUAAGAAGGAAACCGUUCAGGAGCGAAUGGUACCAGGCUGGAUGUAGUAGUAGCUGUUGUGUUCUAACAUAACAAACUCCCUAGUAAAAACCAUGUAAUAUCAUACCAAACCGUCAGCAAACGCAAUGCUAGAGAACGUUACCAGCGGAUGCGAAUGUCCCUAUACUGUUCCCACUUGUGUUCAUGGGCGGAACCGCGUUCCGUCGCCCUUCUUUGUUUCUGUUUCGCUAACGUCGUUUUUAUUUCCUUGUAACAUUCUUGUAUGUGCCCUGUGAGAUGAUACUGGCGUACCAUUGGUCACGUUUUGGGCACAAUUAAUCGUCAGCAGCAUCAGCUUUAGUAAGUUAGAAAUCAGCAACAAAAAACCAUUGAAACGAAUAUGUAAACGAAUUAUUCGAUUAAUAAAACUACAAAACCUGA